ACCGAUCCGCACCGGCUGCUGCUCGCGGCCCGGCCCCGCCCCGCACAGCGCGCGCCGUCCGCAGAGCCCGCGGCCGUGACGCGGGCGUGACGCGGCCGUGACGCGAGUGCCGCCGCUCCCGAGGCGCUCGCGCUGUCCCCGCCGCGCUCCGAGGCAGCCGUAGCUCGGCCCGCGUCGCUAGGCCCCGGGCCGCCCCCGGGUCCCCGCCGCCCGCCGCCCGCCAUGGACGACUACGCGGUCCUGUCGGACGCUGAGCUGGCCGCCGUGCUGCGCCAGUACAACAUCCCGCACGGGCCUGUCGUGGGUUCCACCCGCAAGCUCUACGAAAAGAAAAUCUUCGAGUACGAGACCCAGAGGCGGAGGCUCUCGCCCCCGAACUCGUCCGCGUCGUCUUUCUCCUAUCGGUUCUCGGGUGAGGCCCCCGCCCCAGAGCCCCACCUGGCCUCCCGUGGGGACGGGGCUUGGGCGCCACGGAGGCCGGGGUCGGGAGGGUGCAGCAGGGGCGCCGGCCGGGAGGGAGGGGCACGGGGGAAAGGAGGGGGGCCUCGGGGGCAAAUGGUCCCGGCCCCCCCCCCCCCCCAUUCAGACUUAGACUCGGCAUCAGUGGACUCGGAUAUGUACGAUCUGCCGAAGAAAGAGGACGCCUUACUCUACCAGAGCAAGGGCUACGGUGAUGACUACUAUGAGGAGAGCUACUUGAGCACCAGGACUUAUGGGGAGCCCGAGCCUGUGGGCGCCUCGAAGGGGUUCCGCCAGCCCCCAAGUUCGCUCUCAGACACAGACACCUUUCACCACCAGGUGCGUGAGGACAGUCUUUUCUCUUCUGAAGAGGAGAGCAAGGAUAGGGAGCGCCCCAUGUAUGGCCGGGACGGCGCCUACCAGAGCGUCGCGCACUACCGCCCUGUGUCCAGCGUGUCCAGAAGCUCCCUGGGCCUCUCCUAUUAUCCCACCUCCUCCUCCGCCUCCCCCAUGUCCUCCUCUCCAUCUUCCCCCACUUCGUGGCUCACUCGUCGAGCUAUCCGGCCGGAAAAGCAGGCCCCUGGGGCCGGUCUGGGCCAGGACCGCCAGGUCCCCCUCUGGGGCCAGCUGCUCCUGUUCCUGGUCUUUGCCGCCUUCCUGCUCUUUGUUUACUACUCCUUGCAGGCUGAGGACGGCAAUCCCUUCUGGACGGAGCCCUGAGGCUCUGGCUUCGUGGCCGCCUGUUCUCAGAAGUCCUGGCUGACUGCCUUAGUAGUGUUUGCUGGGGGAGGGGGUGGGGGCUUUUCUGUGUGUUCUGGCUUGGGAGCGCCGGGCCUGGCCCCGGGCACCGCUCGCUCCCCUCGUUCUGCGGGGUAGGUGGCAGGCCCAGGCCCUCCGUGGCACGGUGGGCUUGGGCAGGCCUUCCUCUGGAGCCUUCUGGAUCCUGCUUGCCUCUGACCCUUAGGGCCCAGGAGGGCAAGACUCUUCUCCCGGAGAGGAGAACAUGGUUGUUGUCGUUGCAUGCCUCCUGUCCGUUGUCACCUCGUUGGGGGGGUCAGCCAAAAGCCACCCUGACUUUGUUUUCGUGGACACGCAAUAAAAAGACCAUUUAUUUUUAA